GAGUGCUGCAGACGACGCCCAUGAAGUCCGUAGUCCUUCUAGUUGCGCUGUUGCUAUGGCCUGCGUCUGCGCCGGCGUUUCCGGCAUCCCGGAGCUUAACUAUGUCGCCUAAUGAAGAACAAAACUUGAAUCAUUAUGUACAAGUUUUAGAGAACCUAAUACUGAGCGUUCCAACGAAGGAGCCAGACUGGGAGAAAAUAUCAGUAUCUCCAAACCAUGUCUCUUCUCCGGAUCUGCCCGUGUCAAGACUUAAGGCACUCAGCACUCUUGAGGAUGCUCCCACUGAGAACAGCAGCCCCAGCGAUGGGCACAGUACAGCGCUCCCUGCUACAGGCCCCGCACAGGGGCUAGGGAGCCAGAAACCUCCCGAAAGCACGGCCUUCUGGUUGAUCAGACCCAACAACGUCUCUGUCGUUCUGCACACAGAAGAACCUUCUAUUGAAAAGGAGCCAGAGCCAGAGCCAGAGCCAGUUACGAAACACACCGAGGCCCCCAGUUCAUCUUCGUUUACCACCAGGUCCUCCACGGGUCCUCCUGUCGUCACCACACCUUCGAGCACAGAGUCCGAAGAUGUUCCCCAACUCUCAGGCGAGAACCCUGAAGAGCCGACUGAGCAUCAUUCACAGUUUAUGAAUAAUAAUAAGAUUUUGAGAAAAAUCUCACAUAUCCGCUCCCAGCUGCAACAGCUGCCUGUGGUUGACAAGAACGAUCCAGAAUCUAAAGCAGAGCUGGAGGCCUUGAGAAAGAACCUGAAACGAAGUCUUGCUCUGGCGGCAGCAGCAGAGCACAGAUUAGAAAAGAUGUAUAAAUCCCAUGUCUUUUCAGAAGGACAGACCAGCGAGAGGACUUAUGACAUUGGAACUGUUAUUAACAUGCUAUAUAAUUCUAGAUCGAAAUUAUCGAAAUAUUUAGAUAUGAAAUAUGUUCCACCAGAGAUGAGAGAAAAGGCAACCACAGUAUUCAAUACAUUGAAAAACAUAUUAUGUAUAGGUCAAGAAGACACUCAAAACUUACUAAGAAGUCAUUAAGAAACAAUAUAAAAAUGUUAAGCCUACUUGAUUCUCCAUGACAGUGUUGAUUUAAGAAAACUGCAUUCAUUCACGGGAAAACAAGCAUAUUAAUGAUUUCUAAAGCUGUAUAUCUUCUAAUGUAGUUCAGUAUACUUACAUCUCUAUAUGCCAUAUGUAAUGAGAAUUUUUAU